AUGGAUAAGGACGUGUGUAGAACGCUCAUUGCUCUAAGGAACUCGUUUUCCAAUAAUUGGACCAAACAAGGAGACUAUCAAUUUAUUAUUAAUGCAGACACUUUAAAUGGGUAUUGUAGUAAUAAACAAUGUAAUAGUGAUCUCGAAAGAAUUAAUGCCGGAUGUUUAUAUUUGCUUGAUGCAUUUUAUAAGGAUUCCAAUUUGUUUAAGACUCUUGCAAAAAGUAACAUUGAUAUUGUUGAAUACAUUAUGAUAUGGUUAAGUAAAAUGUUAAGCCGAAUCAAAAAUGAACAAAACGACAGUAUAGAAUUUUUUUAUAAAACAUAUAUAAAGAAUGAUACUAAGUAUACUAAUGCUAUAGGUGGCGUUGAUGAUUAUUAUAAGAGUUAUAAGGAUCUUAUAGAUAAAAAAAAUUUAUUGAAUAUGAAUAUUAAAGAUAUAUCUAAAUUAUAUGAUGUAUUUAAUACAUUGUGUAACAUGUAUCUUGAAUUUGAUGAACAAAAUCCAAAUUGCGCGAAACAUUUGGAAAAAGCUAAAAAGUUUGUUGACGAAUAUAAAAAACUUAAGGAAAAUUACAGUAUUACUGAAAACAGUUUAUAUAGUAAAAUAUUGUCUACUUUAUCAACUGAUUAUGAUAAUUUUAAAAAGAAAUAUGAUAAUGUUCAAAGUUGCAAAUCUUUACCCCUUCCAAAGAUAGAAAAUGAAAAAUAUGUACAGAGUCAUAUACAUGGUUCUGGAGAAAUUUCUGAAGAUACAUCAUCAAGUUCUUCAAUAGCAAGCAAAUUAUUUAUAGUUUUAUCGAUAUUUGGUGCAAUAGCAUUUUUUUUUGGAAUUUCUUAUAAGUAUUCGUUAUUUGGAUUUCGGAAACGAUUUAAAAAACAACAAAUAAGAGAAAAACUAAAAAAUAUAAAGAAGAGAAUGAAUCAUUAA